UUCAGACUUUGGGUCUCUCUCUCUCUCCCUUCUUCCGGAAGAGGGAAAUCAGCCACAGAUACAGAGAGAGAGAGAGAGAGAGAGAGAGAGGGAAUGGAGAGCAUGGCCCUUUGGCAAGCUGGGAGUCUCUGUGGGAUCGUGUGUUGGAUCUUGGUAUCGUCAUACUGCAAUGUGACGGGAGCUCUCAGAUCUCUGCUCCAACCUUGGGUUGCCCACCAGGUGGUUGUGGGAACUCCUCUCAUCCUCCAGAUCCAGAGGUUCCAGCACAGGGUGUUGGAUGCUUUGUUCUCUGGGUUGUCCUGUGUCGUCUCUGUGCCUUUUUACACUGCUUUUCUGCCUUUGCUUUUCUGGAGUGGUCAUGGCAAAUUGGCGAGGCAGAUGACCCUUUUAAUGGCUUUCUGUGAUUACAUGGGCAACUGCGUCAAGGAUGUGGUGUCAGCCCCAAGGCCAAGUUGCCCCCCUGUUAGGAGAGUAACGGCAACGAAGGAUGAAGAAGAGAAUGCAAUGGAGUAUGGACUGCCUUCUUCUCAUACUCUAAACACAGUUUGCUUAUCUGGAUAUCUAUUGCUCUAUGUCCUGUCUUAUAUCCAAAGCAGAGAUGCCUUAACAGCAUAUGCUGGUUUUGCCGUCGUUUGUUUCCUUGUUGGUCUCAUUGGCUUGGGAAGAAUUUACCUUGGCAUGCACAGUUUGAUCGAUAUCUUAGGCGGCCUCAUUAUGGGUUUGGUGAUCCUUGUAUUUUGGCUAACAGUCCACGAUUAUGUCGACAACUUUAUAGUCUCAGGACAGAAUGUAACUUAUUUCUGGACAACCCUCAGCUUCUUGUUGCUUUUUGCUUAUCCAACUCCUGAACUUCCAACUCCAAGUUUUGAGUACCACACAGCCUUCAGUGGUGUUACCCUGGGAAUUGUUGCUGGUGUCCAACAGACCUAUAGUCAAUUCCACCAUGAAGCUGUUCCGAGGAUUUUUACGCCACAACUACCACUUGUGGCAUUUCUGGGAAGAAUGCUCGUGGGAAUACCAACAAUACUAUUGGUGAAGGUCUGCAGCAAAACUCUCGCCAAAUGGACACUUCCCAUGGUCUCCAACACGCUGAGCAUACCAAUCAGAUCGACUAGCUACAUCCCAGCUCUAAGUGGAUCGGUCGCUCUCAAAAAGUCGGACGAGAUCAAGCAAUCCGGUUAUUUGCAAAAGCUAUUCUUUUAUGGCCGCCAGCAAUCAUUCGACGUGGAUACAGGGAUUAGGUUCCUUCAAUACGCAGGCCUUGCCUGGUCUGUUGUGGAUCUGGUUCCUUCUCUCUUCUCUCGGCUGGGGUUGUAAUGCUUAAUGGGAUGCUGAAUUUUGUAUAAUAUAUGAUAUGAAUCAGCACAUCUUCAAGCAUCUUACCACAUUGGAUUAGAGUGUAAAUCAUAUGUGUGGGGCUUAGUAAUGAAACCCAUCCAUUUUUUUUUUUCUAGUA